UCAGCGACAAAUAAAGAGAGCGCGUGGAACGAAACCCCGAUGUCUUUUUAUACCUUCUCUGUCGGUUUGAUUUAAUGAAUGCAAAUAAAGGAGUUAACGGGUCGGUUGCUCGCACGGAAUGAUCGAUGGCUUCUCGCUUCCAGCUUCUUCUUCUUCUUCUUCUUCUUCGUCUUCUUCAUUUACGGGGAAAAAAAAGAAUUUACACUUUCGACCUUCUGGAACACCAGAUAUGACAUUCUUGGGGAGGGGGUAUAUCAGCCGAAGAAAAAACGAUCCUUGGCGAACCAAAGCCCAAAUCCCACCUGCAAUUCGCAUGGGCCACUGAACCAGAUACCCUGUGGAGAUAACCCAAGCCCAGAAUAGAAGAAUAAAAAUCGUCUGAGAGACAUUAAAAAAACAAACCCCCAAGAUAAUGAGGUGCAUACACAAAGUAAUGGUAUCUAGAAUUUCGCGCAAAGACGAUCAUUUCGGUCCGAAUUUCAAUUUCAGCUUUAACGGGCCAGAGGGGGUGGAUGGCGUAGGGGGAUCGGCGGCAACCUUCGGCU